AUGGUCAAGAUAGCAAGUUGCAAUAUCAACUACUGGCACGAUUACCGUGGAAUAUAUGUCGGAGAGCAGAUCGUCUCGUUUCUUUCGUCUGCUGUUUCCUCUACGGAUGUGCUGUGCCUUCAGAAUGUAUCAUAUACGCAGCGGUACCUUUCUACUGUGCCAGCGCACUUCAGAGAGGUUCAGCUUUGCUGCUCUCACUUUCAUGGAGCAAUGGUGGUGAAAGCAGACUGCUCAUCUAUAUCUAACUUUGUCUCGUCUUUAAAGCAACACCUUGGCCUCCCAUUAACAGCAGUCAUCUCUAUUUGUUCAGAAGAUAAGAAGUUUGUCAUUCCAGGUACCCUUUCUCCUGAGAGUCAACAAACACCUGUUCCAGAGUUGUCCUCCAUCCUUUUCAUCACAAUAGUGCAUCCCGGAUCAUGGGCCGGUGCAGCCUCAAUUCAUACUAGCAGUGCCCUCAAUGCCUUAAUAGAAGAGCUUAAAAUGCCCAAUAUCUUCUGCUUUCCUGUGGGGACCAAUUCAAUGGGGACCGUGCUUCUAUCGAGGUUCCCAGUAAUGAGUAUUACCAUCCAGAAUCUCUUUGUAACCCCUAGUCAUCUUCUAUCUGUCCCCGUAGUAACUAUACAGACUCCAGACAGUGUUCAGUUUAACCUUUUCAUUAUCUCUCUCACCAGCGACCAUGCCACGCGACGCUUAGAAUGUAACCAAUUGCAACUCUUUCUACAGACAUGCAAAGACUUUCAAUCUUGCCCCACAUUUCUAUGUGGAGAAUUCAAUGCAAUCAAUCGUAACGAGUACACCAAAACCCAAUGGAAUCAUAUCACAAAGCAACAUAUAGAGAACGGAAGCCCUUUUCUUGAUGAGCCAAUUUACGAUGAGCUCCUUAAAGAUGGGUUUAUAGACGUGCUUUGGGGAGCUCCGUUGCAGCCGAAAAGUGGUGAUAUCUUUAUCCAUAGCGGGAAGAACAGAAGGACUCAGUAUAUCUUUACUUCUGCACGUCUUCAUGGGUGCACAUCUAGAGCUUUAUUUAGUCAUGACGCCACAACGAAGCUGGACUACAUAACAGCCGAUAUACAUAUGUCCUUGAGAGCAUGCUAA